AUGUGUAAGCUCUUAUCCUUGAGCACCUCUUCCGCUCCUCCGGCGCCAACUUUCCGCUUAACCUGCGCCGCCGUGGCUUUUCCCGGAGCCACAGUUGCAGUGCGCUCACGGCCAUGGACCUCAGCUCUUUGUAUCCGCUGCGAUGAGCAUCCGUUCGUACCGGAGGUUGAGAGAGCGGUGGACUCGUUGUACUCGGAAUUCCGAGCUGUGGAUAAUCUGGUGGCGUGCAACUCGGCGCGCGUGCUUAAAGCUUUUAAGAAUGCUCGUGUUGGAUUCCAUCACUUUGGUGGCAGCACGGGCUAUGGUCAUGAGGAAUCUGGUGGGCGUGAAGCACUGGAUGAAGCUUUUGCAGAGGUUUUUGGUGCUGAAUCUGCAAUUGUUCGAGGACAGUUUUUCUCAGGUACUCAUGCAAUCACAUGUGCUUUGUUUGCUUUCCUAAGGCCUGGAGAUGAGCUUCUGGCAGUUGCUGGAGCUCCCUAUGACACGCUGGAAGAAGUUAUUGGGAUCAGGGACUCUAAUGAUUUGGGUUCUUUGCGAGACUUUGGAAUAGAUUACAGAGAAGUGCCACUUGCAGAGGAUGGAGGGCUUGACUGGGACACCCUGAAGAUUGCUCUGAAACCUCAAACAAAAUGUGCACUCAUUCAAAGAUCAUGCGGUUAUUCAUGGAGGCGUAGCUUGAGUGUAGAAGAAAUCGGCAGGGCUAUAGAGAUAAUAAAGUUGCAGAAUCCCCAUUGUUUGGUCAUGGUGGAUAAUUGCUAUGGUGAAUUUACGGAUAGAAUCGAACCUCCAAUGGUGGGUGCAGAUCUAAUUGCUGGAAGUUUCAUAAAAAAUCCUGGUGGAACUAUAGCCCCAUGUGGUGGGUAUGUUGCUGGGAAAAAGAAAUGGGUAGCAGCAGCAGCUGGUCGUCUCUCUGCCCCGGGUCUAGGAACUGAUUGUGGUUCAACGUCAGGUGAUAUAAUGCGACUGUUUUUUCAGGGAUUGUUCCUCGCUCCACAAAUGGUUGGUGAAGCAGUAAAGGGAAGCCUUCUUAUUGCUGAAGUAAUGUCAGGUAGAGGAUAUGAGGUGCAACCAUUUUGCCGAGCCCCCCGCAAUGAUGUAGUGCAGGCAGUAAAACUUGGAAGCCGUGAACGGCUGCUCGCCUUUUGUGAAGCUGUGCAAAGAAAUUCUCCAGUUAGCUCUUUUACAAAACCUAUAGCAGGUGCAACUCCUGGCUAUGCAUCUGAGGUGAUAUUUGCUGAUGGGACAUUUAUUGAUGGAAGUACAAGUGAACUUUCGUGUGAUGGCCCUCUCAGGGAGCCAUAUGCCGUCUUCUGCCAGGGUGGCAGCCAUUGGACGCAGUGGGGACUAGUUCUCGGGGAGGUGCUAAAAGCGUUGUAAGAUGCGCACGUUCCACAGCAAACAUGGGUUGUACCCCUGUAUGGUGUAUCCGUUCCAAUUUUGAUCAUAGUUUGAUGUGUACUUCAUUAUUCAUCUGGAAUACUAAUCACAGUUGAUGUACUUCAUUUUUGUUGAAUCAAUUGUGAGUGCUUUUUGUCA